UUAUUUACCUGUCAUUCAGCUAUAGUGUGCAGUUUUCAAUAAUUAUAUCAUUCAAAUUCAAGCGUCAGCGGAUUUUUUUUUAAUAGUUUCUGAUAAUUUAUUUUCACUAUAUAUAUAUUUUUAAUACUCCACUUAAACUAUGGAUGAGAAUCUGAAUAAUUAUGAAUUUACGAGGGAGCUUGAAGUUGAAACUGCUGGAGUAGAUUUAAAAUUACUUCAGUAUUCUGUAGGUGAUGUCGGCUCUGUCGUAUGGGAUGCUGGAAUUGUGCUUGGAAAGUACUUAGAUAAUUUUCAAAAAACAAAUGAUAUGUUAGCUGGAAAAAUAGUUAUUGAUAUUGGAUCAGGAACUGGAGUCGCCGGUUUGUUUGGGGCAGUGCUAGGAGCAGAAGUAAUUCUGACUGAUUUACCAGAAGUUAUACCUCUACUUGAAAAGAAUAUUGAAUUGAAUAAAAAUAUUAUAAAGGGAGCUGCUACAGCAUCUGUUCUUGAAUGGGGAAAACUGGAUAAGAAUUUUCCAGUUCCUGAUUUAAUAUUAGUGUCUGAUUGUAUAUAUUAUGAUAUGUCUGUAGAGAAACUUGUUCCAACAUUAGUUGAGUUAUCUGAUACAAGUACAGAAAUAUUAAUUUCAUAUGAAGAUAGAGUGAUAGGAAACAAAAAAGAACUUCUAAAGAAUUUUCUAGAUGCUUUCAAGAAACAUUUUACUGUAGAAAUAAUUCCUAGAACUUUACAUCAUCCUGAUUUUCAGAGUGAUGAUAUACAUAUAUUGAAAUGUAAAAAAAUUGCUACACAAAGUGAAGAUAGCUGAAUUGUAUUAUAUAUUUCUU